AUGACGAAGGGUACCUCAAGCUUUGGUAAGCGGCGAAAUAAGACACACACAUUGUGUAGAAGAUGUGGUAGAUCUUCAUACCACAUUCAGAAAUCAAAAUGUGCACAAUGCGGGUACCCUGCGGCAAAACUCCGUUCAUAUCACUGGUCUGUGAAGGCUAAGCGCAGGAAGACUACUGGAACUGGCCGCAUGCGACACCUCAAGAUUGUAAGAAGGCGUUUCCGCAAUGGUUUCAAAGAGGGCAAACCAACACCCAAGAAAGCAGUUGCCUCUUCU